AUGCCUAUUCCCUACCAAGUCGCGUACAAGCCAUUGACCAAGCCUGAAGUAGGCGUCAAUGGCUAUGUCGAGCCCACACCCGGCAAGACAGAAGUCAUCCCCAAAGGCUCAGCACCAUUCGGUGCCAGAACAUUGGACUCGGACGUCCGCAUUGACCACGAUGUCGAAAUCACCGUCCGCGACGGCUGCCGACUCUACGCCGAUAUAUAUCGCCCCAACAAUGACGAAAAGGUCCCAAUUAUCAUCUCCUGGUCACCUUAUGGCAAGAAAUACUCCGCACUGGAGAUGAUCUUCAAUGUCUGCGCUUGGGCUUGCUGUCUUGAGCGCGGAGAUGUCAGUGGUCUGGAGAAAUUCGAGGGCCUGGAUCCGGCUUGGUGGGUCCAGCACGGCUACGCGAUUGCCAGUGUUGAUGUCCGCGGAGCUGGUAACAGCGACGGUGAUACCCCUUGUAUGGGACUGCAAGAAGCCGAGGAUGCACACGAUGUGAUUGAGGCCCUUGCCAAGCUGGCUUAUUGCAAUGGCAAUGUCGGUAUGGCAGGCAACUCCUACCUCGCCAUCAUGCAGUGGCACGCAGCUGCGCAGAACCCACCUUCGUUGAAGGCUAUUGCGCCUUGGGAGGGCUCCGGAGAUAUUUUCCGAGAGCAAUUCUGUCGCGGUGGAUGGUUCAACAUGAGUAAUUACGAUCUUAUCACGACUCUUGUGAUUAAGGGUAACUCGGGUGUUGAGGACUUUGCGGAGAUGUACCGUCGCAGCCCGCAGGCCAAUGUCUACUGGAAUGAUAAGCGUGUGGAUAUGACGAAGAUCAAUAUUCCAUGCUUCAUCACUGGAUCUGAUUUCAGUCAGAUUCAUACCAUGGGUGCUAUUCGAGGAUGGAUGGAGGCAAACACGGACAAGAAGUGGAUCAAGUGGAGCGGUUACCAAGAGUGGUACGAGCUUUACGCGGUUCCUGAGAGUUAUCUCGAGUUGAAGAAAUUCUUCGACAAAUACCUCAAGGAAAUCGAUAACGACUGGGAAGAAACACCCAAAGUUCGCUGGGCAACACUUCCAUUCGGCGACAAAGACGUGACACACGACAUUGUUCUUCCCGACUUCCCCGUCCCAGAUACUGACUAUCGCACGCUAUACCUCGCGCCGAAUGGAUCCCUCGCGUCUGAGCUCCCUCGGGAAACUGCCACCUCUGUGUAUAACUCGGAAGACCGGUGGUCCAUUUCCAAGUUUAAGUAUACCUUUACUCAACAAAGCCGCCUCAUUGGUAUUCCCAAAGCAGAGCUCUACAUGAGCUGCGACGCCCUAGACGACAUGAUCGUCUUCAUUCAGCUCCGCAAGCUCGACAAAGACGGCAAGGAACUCUCCCAGCUCCAAUUCCCCUUCGCCCGCGCCCCGGUCAACUCAAUCGACGAAAUCGCCGACAAAGACCGCCAAAGUCUCACCCUGCACAACGGUUCCAUGGGUAUCCUUCGCGCUUCCCAGCGCAAGAUCGACUCCAGCCGGUCAAUUCAUCCUCAAUUCCCCUUCCACCCGCAUGAUGAAGUGCAAAAGGUGCCCAAGGGAGAGAUCGUCAAGUUGGAGAUUGGUAUUUGGGCGAUGGGAGUUGAUUAUGAGGAGGGUGAGAGUAUUCAGGUGGAUAUUCUGGGUCAGUACCCGGGUUUCACUGAGGUUGCUGCUUUCUCAAAGCCCAGACCUGAGCAUGAGAAGAAUAAGGGCGAGCAUGUUAUUCAUUUUGGUGGCGAGUUCCCUAGUCGGGUUAUUCUGCCUUUUGUGCCACUUUAG